GGAGAAAAAUCCAUAUGAUUAUUUCAAUAAGGAAAAAUGUUCAAUAUUCGUUCAUGAUUAAAACAAACAAACAGUGUUUCUGAGUGGCAUGUGGGAUUUGAGCCUGAUAAUGGCCCUUGAUUCCACCAACAUGGAGACUUUGUACCGCGUCCCAUUAGUGCUCAAAUGUCCCAACCUGAAGCUGAAGAAGCCGACCAGGCUGCACAUGCCCUCGGCCAUGACUAUGUAUGCUCUGGUGGUGGUGUCUUGCUUCCUCAUCACCAGAGGAAUAAUUUAUGAUGUUAUUGUUGAACCUCAAAGUGUUGGCUCUAUGACCAAUGCACAUGGGCAUCAGAGGCCAGUAGCUUUCUUGGUGUACAGAGUAAAUGGACAGUAUAUUAUGGAAGGACUUGCAUCCAGCUUCCUGUUUACAAUGGAAGGUUUAGGUUUCAUAAUCCUGUACCAAUCAAAUGCACCAAAUAUCCCAAAACCCAGUAGAUUUCUUCUUCUAUUCAUUGGAUUUGUCUGUGUCCUGUUGAGUUUUUUUAUGGCUAGAGUAUUCAUGAGAAUGUAACUGCCGGGCAAUCUGAUAGGUUAGAGUGCCUUUUGAGAAGAAAUCAAUGGAUACUGCAUUUGUUCCUGUCAAUGAAGUUUUAAAGGCUGUACCAAUCCACUAUUGUGAAAUGUGGAAAAGAAUGAAGAGCAGCAGUAAAGAAAUAUGUAGUGAAAACAUUGGAAGUGUAGCUUGGAGUAAAAUUUCUUCUUGGUAUCAAAGAGACAAGUUUAUCACAGUAUUUUUUCUCCUGCUGACCUAUUGACAUCAAUGAUGUUGAGUGACAUUUUCUUCUUAGUUUUUCAUUUUUUAAAGAAAAUAUACUCCAGUUUACAAAUAUAAUAUUGAAUAAAGUGAUUAUUUUUUACAGCCCCUUUAACUUGUUUUUGGAGAUGACAUUUCUGAUUUUCAGAAAUUAAUAUAAAAUCUGGAAGCAAGAUUCCAUAAAUUGAGAAUUCUAGAUGGCUGAUCAGCUUUACCUGUGGUGCUUUGCCUUUUAAUAGGGAGUGUGAUAAUACAUUAUUUCAGAUACGUAUGUAUGACUGUUUCCUGAACAAUAAGAUCUAUGAAAGGAGCAGAAAUAAAUAAUUUUUCUAAUUAAAAACAAACAAAAUCCUGGCAGUUAGGAAUACAAGGAAUUUCCUUAAUCAGAUAAGGAAUAUCUGUAAACUUUCAGCAGGUGUUACAGUCAAUGGUGAUAUAUUGAAUGGUUUUCCUCUGGAACAAGAUAAAAACACAUGCGGCCACUGCUUCCGUUCACACUGUACUGGAGGUCCUAGCCAGUGCAAUAAAGAAAAAAUAAGUAAGUCAUAAGGAUUGGAAAGGGAGAAUAAACCAUUGUUUUUUGUGAUUGUGUAAAAGAAUCUGUAGACAAAUUAUUGGAGAGUUUCACAAGCACAAGAUGCAAGACACAAGUUUCAUGAAGGCAUGUAUUUCUAUAAAUCAUCAACAAACAGAAAAUGGAAAAAAAUUGCUAAUAGCUUCAGAAAACACCAGAUGCCUAGGAAUAAGUCUAAUGAUAUGUAAGAUAUGUAAGAUUAGAAAAAAUAUAAAACAAUAUUGAGAGAAAAUAAAGAAGACAAUAAAUAGAGGGAUAUACCACUUUAAUAUAUUUUAGUCUCACUGUUGUGACAUUUAGUUUUUACUGACUCUGUCUUUGAAUUUAUUAAUUCACGGUGGUCCAUCUUAUGUAAAUUUUCCCCACUGAUUUUUAAGAAAAAUUAGAUUUGUUGAUGUAGUUUUUAUAUAUAUACACAUAUAUUCUCCCCUUUUUAGAGGUACAGAGGAUGAAUUCUAACAAAUGCAUAUAGAAUUAUAACUUAUACAUCAUUAAAAUAUAAUUAUGGUACUUCUUUACUAGCAGUGAACAAUUGCAAACAAAGAAUAAGAAAAACAGUACAUUUUUUAGUAGUACCAAAAAAACAAGAAAUAGUUAUUUCUGACUACGUAUAUGCAAGAUUUGUAUGUUAAUAUUAUGCAACAUGUUGGGAAAGAUCAAAGAAGACCCUCAUAAAAGGGAACAUAUUCAGUGUUCAUGAAUUAGAAGACUCAAUAUCUUUGAAAUGUCAUUUCUCUCCAAAUUGAUCGAUAGCUUCAGCACAAUUCCAAUCAAAAUCUUAGCAGAUUUUUGACAACUUGAUUCUUUUUUUUAUUUUAUUUUUUUUCGAGAUGGAAUCUCACUCUGUCACACAGGCUGGAGUGCAGUGUUGCGAUCUCAACUCACUGCAAACUCCAUCUCCUGGGUGAGUGAUCUCUUACCUCAGCCUCCUGAGUAGCUAGGAUUACAGGUGUGCACCACCAUGCCCAGCUAAUUUUUUUUUUUUGUAGUUUUAGUAGAGACAGGGUUUCACCAUGUUGGGCAGGUAAGUAUUGAACUCCUGACCUCAAGUGAUCUGCCCACCUCAGCCUCCCAAAGUGGUGAGAUUACAGGUGUGAGCUAUUGUGCCUGGCCUUGACAACUUGACUCUAAAAUUUUUAUAUAAUAUUAAAGGAACUAAAGUAGCCUAAACAAUUUUGAAAAGAAAAAAAAGUUCUAAGACCCACACUCCCUGAUUUUUUAUUUUUUUGAGAUGGAGUCUCGCUUCGUCAGUCAGGCUGGAGCGCAGUGGCACGAUCUCUGCUCACUGCAGGCUCUGCCUCCCGGGUUCACGCCAUUCUCCUGCCUCAGCCUCCCCAAGUGCCUGGGACUACAGGCACCCGCCACCACACCUGGCUAAUUUUUUUGUAUUUUUAGUAGAGACGGGGCUUCACUGUGUUAGCCAGGAUGGUCUCCGUCUCCUGACCUUGUGAUCUACCCGCCUCGGCCUCUCAGAGUGCUGGGAUUACAGGUGUGAGCCACCGCACCCGGCCCACACUCCCUGAUUUUAAGAACUGCUCUAACACUGCAGUAAGCAAGACACAUAAAUCAAUAGCAUAGUAGUUUAGAAAUAAACACAUAUACAUAUGGCUAAUUGUUUUUUGUCAAAGAUUAUGAGGCAGUUCAAUGCCAUACAUUAUACUGUAUACAAAAAUUACCCUCCAAGGUUACACUUAAACAUGAAACCUGAAAGUACAACUUACAAAGAAGAUAUAGUGGCAAAUCCUAGUGAUUUUAGGUUAGGCAAAGAUUUCUUAUAUAGAAUCCGAUAAGCCUGAGUCAUAAAAGAGAAAAUUGACAAAGUAUAUUUUAUCAAAAAUUGUAAAAUGCUUCUGAAGAGAAAAAUGAAAUGAUACAAUGAGACGUAGUCUUGGAGAAAAUGUUUAUAUAAAAUCCAUAUUUGACAAGGACUUAUAUACAAAAUAAAUAAAGAACUCUCACAAUUCAGUAAUAAGAAAACAACCCCCUAAAACAAAUGAGCAAUUGAAAAUGGGGGGAAAAAAUGGAAGAAGUUCUAGAAAUGGAUAGUAAUAAUUGUACAACAUUGUGAAUAUACUCUGUGCCACUAAAUUGUACACUUGGAGAGGGUCAGAAAUGGUAAAUUUUCUGUUUCAACACGGAGACUGGUGAAGGAUAAUUUCCUGUGACUCUAUAAU